AUGGGGGAGAGCAGCUCCGAUAAGCGGUGGGACUUCCUGCAGGACUAUGUGCUGAAGACCAUGAAGCUUAAGGCUGAUCGCUGGCAGAAGUGUGUGGGCACAGAGGAGUACCGGCUGACGAUCCAGGAGUUCCUGGACAGCAGCGAGCGGCUGGUCCUUGUGGUCUCCCUCAGCCAGGCCGGCCUGCUAAUGCCCAGCCUAGACUUCCCUAACGUUAGCAAGAACAAAGCCGUCUUCUUCGUCAAGCGCCGCAAGGACAAGCUGAACACGGACUCCAUGAAGACGAACUUGGUGUUUGGCGACCUGGCUUCCAGUCCUCUCGAACAGUUCUCAGCUCUGGUCGACGAGGUGGUAGUGCCGGUUUUGGCCAAUAGAAGGAAUCACAACCAGUGGCCACAGGUUGUGUCCCAAGAUGUCGUGCGCCAUGUCCACAACCUGAGGAGCAAAAUCUUUGUCAUCAUGGGGCAAGUGCAGGGAAAAACUCUGCUGCCUCUGCCAGCAGGAGCAGAGAAAGCUGCUACUGUUUUGCACAAAAAUGGUGAUAAUGUAGAUAAAGGAAUUGCACAUGUUGUAGAAUCGAUUAUAAUUGAUUGGAGCCACCAGGUCAAUGAGGUGCUUAAGAGGGACUCAUCUGAACCUUUGCUUGCUGGCCACAAUCCCAACCCAAAUGUGGAACUGGAGUUCUGGAAAAACAGGUGCAGUAAUCUGAAAUGUAUUUAUGAUCAACUGAGAUCUAGAAAAGUAAGAAAGAUGGUGGAGCUUCUGGAGAGGAUGGAAAGCAGCUAUUUUCCAGUAUUUAAAACAAUGUUUAGUGAUGUUGUUGCAGCUCUGACAGAAGCAAGGGAUAUUAACGUGCAUUUGAAGCCACUCCAGCGCCAUUUUGAGGAUAUUGAGAAUGCAGAAUUCACUGAGCUGAAGCCCUUGCUUAGCUGCUUCAUGCAUGUAGUGUGCCUGAUCUGGACCAGAUCUAAGUACUACAACACUCCAGCACGUAUCAUAGUCCUUCUGCAGGAGACCUGCAACCUUCUUAUUCAGCAGGCUCAUGCUUAUGUCAACCCAGAGGACAUCCUGAAGGGUGAAGUGGAUGAGAGUUUGAGCAAAGUGCGGGAAACCGUUGACGUCCUUUGCUUUUUCAAGCAUGUUUUUGAUGAAAAGCGUGAAAGUAUGCCAAGUUAUUAUAAGGAAGGUGAGAAUGUGAAAGAGUGGGACUUUAACUCUCUGCUGAUCUUUGCCCGAAUGAACUGCUACCUCAAGAGACUUGAACAGAUCGAGGAUUUCUUGGUGACAGCGCAAGAUAUAUUUAAAUUAGAAAAAAUUGAGUUUGGAGGGAUGCGGGGCAAGUCGUUAAGCCAGCAGGUGGCGCAAAUGUAUGAGGAAUUCCAGGAAACGUACAAAGUGUUCACAGAUCAUACCUACGACUGUUUGGAUCCUGGUAACAAGGAAUUUGAAGCAGAUUUUUUGAAUUACAAGCAAAAAAUUGAGGAUAUUGAUCGACGGUUGGCAGCCAUUUUCUGUCAGGCUUUCGAUGAUGCCUUUGGUUUGGAGCAUGCAUUGAAGUUACUGGAAAUGUUUGGCAGCCUCCUUGAACGGCCCGUAAUAGCAGCUGCCGCUUGUGAUAAAUACUCUCGCCUCAUGGUGAUGUUCAUUAAGGACCUGGAUGAUGCUAAACACAUUUAUAACAAGCACAUGCAAGAAGUAGAAUUAGGUGGUCCAUCAUUGAACAAGAACAUGCCAAUUGUAGGCGGUGGCUUACACUGGACUCAAGAAUUAAGGGAGCGCAUUCGAGUUCCAUUUAAUAAUUUCAAACAAGUCACGCAGCUGCAGAUGGACUCCACAGAAGGUAAAAGAAUGAUUCAGAUGUAUCAGGAGAUGAUGGAACUUUUGGAUCAGUAUGAAGCAAAGCUGUAUUUAGAGUGGUCCAAAACUGUAUCUGAAAAAUCUCAAUAUAAUCUAACUCAACCUCUCCUCAAACGAGACCCAGAAACAAAACUGAUCUCAGUUAAUUUUGAGCCGCAGCUUGUCUCAGUAUUACGAGAGGUUAGAUAUUUAGAGACACAACAUGUUGAGAAGAUUCCCAAAACUGCAGUUGAAAUAUAUGCCUCAAAAGAAUCCUACCACCAGUAUGUGGCAACCUUGGAGCUGACUGCCAGUUGGUACAACAAAAUCCUAAAGUCUGUCCUUGGGGUGGAAUUUCCGCUCAUAGAGGAGCAGGUACAACAGAUUGACUGUAAAAUGAAGGAGGCAGAAGAAUUACUGAACUGGAAGAGUGAAGGCAUCUGGGAUUAUAUCCAAAAAGUUCGGGAUAUGGUUCAAGACUUGGAGAACCGAUUGCAGAAAGCAAAAGACAACCUAGGUGCCAUACAGGAUAUUAUGAAGGCAUGGGUAUCUCCUGUUUUUGAAAGAAAGGAAGGGAAAAAAGAUACACUCCUCAGUCUCGAUGACAAGAAUGAAAGACUUGAGAAACGCUACAGUUUUAUUAAGCAAACUGGUGAAAAAAUACGCUUAUUGGUGAAGGACAACCUGAAUCUCUUCCAAGCUGAUGUGACUUCAAAGAUUUGGAAGGCAUAUGUUGACUAUGUUGAUGAAAUGGUUAUUGAUGGUUUCUUCAAUGCUAUUGAAGCCUCCCUGAAUUAUCUUGUAGAUAACACUGAACCUAAAGCUGGUCUUGCACCGCUGUUUGAAGCCCAGUUGGACCUAGUUUCCCCAGAUUUGGUCUUCCACCCAUCUCUUGAGAUAGGCAGUGGUGACAGUUUCUAUGACCUGGUGGAUGGAUUGAUCAAUGAUAUUUUCAAUAUUUCAUCUUUGGUACCCAGACUGGCAGAACACACCACUUAUCCUCACUAUCAGGCUGAUAUGGAAGACAUGGCAGACUUGGCAGACAUGCGACAGCAUUUAAUGGACAGUGUUCGGCACGUGAUGGGAAAAUGCUGUGAGUAUCGAAACUCCUUUGACCAGUAUGCGUACCUUUGGGUGGACGACCGUAAGGAAUUUAUGCGCCAGUUCCUUCUGUAUGGGCACGUUCUCACUGCUGAGGAAAUUGAGGCCCAUGGGGAGGAUGGUGUUCCAGAGAGCCCCCCAACGCUCCAGCAGUACAAGGAACAGAUGGACUCCUAUGAAAAGAUCUACGAAGAGGUGAACUCUCUGGAGCCCAUUAAUGUUUUCGAUGUUUGGAUGCAAAUUGAUGGCAGGCCUUUCAAGUCUGCCUUGUUGAAUAUCAUCAAGAAGUGGAGCCUCAUGUUCAAACAGCACCUCAUUGACCAUGUAACACACAGUUUGGCUGAUCUCAAUGAGUUUAUUAAAAUAACAGAAGGAGGUUUAUGUCAGAAGGUUGAAGAAGGUGACUUCAGUGGUUUGGUUGGUGUAAUGGGUCACCUGAUGGCUGUAAAAGACAGACAGGUUUCGACAGAUGCAAUGUUUGAGCCUAUAAAACAAACAAUAGAACUUUUGAAGGCCUAUGAACAGGAAUUACCCGAUGAAGUCCACAAGCAACUGGAGGAGCUACCAGAGAAGUGGAGCAAUACUAAGAAACUAGCAGUGACAACAAAGCAACAUGUGGCUCCCCUUCAGGCCAAUGAAGUCACAAUUAUUCGCAAGAAAUGUGCCAGUUUUGAUGUGGAGCAACACAAGUUCCGAGAGCAAUUUCGCAAAAAUGCACCAUUCAGGUUUGAUAGUGUACAAGCCUACCAAAUACUGGAUGUUGUCCACUCUCAGAUCAGCCAGAUGGAAACAACAAUGGGCACCAUUAAUGAGUCUGCCAGUUUAUUUGAGGUCAACGUACCAGACUAUAAGCAAUUAAAACAAUGUAGAAAAGAAGUACAUCUUUUGAAACAACUGUGGGAUAUGAUUUUUAUGGUACAUUCAAGCAUCGAUGAUUGGAAGACGACAAAGUGGAGAGAAAUCAAUGUUGAAAACAUGGAUCUAGAAUGUAAAAAGUUUGCUAAAGAUAUCCGUGCCUUAGAUAAAGAAGUGCGGGCAUGGGACGCUUUCACUGGAUUGGACAGCACAGUAAAGAAUAUUUUAACUUCAUUAAGGGCUGUAGCUGAACUUCAGAAUCCAGCUAUUCGUGAUAGACAUUGGUAUCAACUAAUGCAAGCUACAAAUGUAACAUUUACAAUGGAUGAUAGCACAACUCUAGCUGACCUCUUGAAACUGAAUCUGCACAACUUUGAAGAAGAGGUUUGUGGAAUUGUUGACAAGGCUGUAAAAGAAAUGGGCAUGGAAAAGGUAUUGAAGGAGUUGAAUGCCACCUGGAGCACUAUGGAAUUUCAGUAUGAACAUCACUCACGCACUUCUGUCCCAUUGCUCAAAUCAGAUGAGGAGCUUAUUGAGACCCUGGAGGACAACCAGGUCCAGCUGCAGAACUUAAUGACGUCCAAGUAUAUUGCUUUCUUUUUGGAAGAGGUAUCCUGCUGGCAGAAGAAGCUGUCUAUCGCCGACUCUGUAAUAUCAGUUUGGUUUGAGGUGCAACGAACGUGGUCACAUCUUGAAAGCAUCUUCAUUGGGUCUGAAGAUAUUCGCUCUCAGUUGCCUGAGGAUUCCAAACGCUUCGAUAGCAUUGAUAAAGACUUUAAAGAACUGGCAUGGGAUGCUGAGAGAACUCCAAAUGUAGUGGAAGCCACUAACAAACCAGGAUUGUGUGAAAAGCUUGAAGACAUCCAAGUGAGACUGGCACUCUGUGAAAAAGCUCUGGCUGAAUAUCUUGACACCAAAAGACUGGCCUUCCCCAGGUUCUAUUUUAUUUCCUCUGCUGAUUUGUUGGAUAUUCUAUCCAAUGGGACCAACCCUCAUCAGGUUCAACGUCAUUUGUCUAAACUAUUUGACAACAUGGCCAACAUGAAAUUCCAGACAGAGGGUGAUAAUAAGCCAACUAAAAUGGCCUUGGGGAUGUACAGCAAGGAGGAUGAAUACGUAAACUUCAAAGAGCCAUGUGACUGCAAUGGGCAGGUUGAGACUUGGUUGAAUCGCGUGCUUGAAACCAUGAAAGAUACAGUGAGGCAUGAAAUGACUGAGGCUGUUGUGGUUUAUGAAGAGAAGCCAAGAGAUCAGUGGCUGUUUGAUUAUCCAGCUCAGGUAGCACUUACUUGCACUCAGAUUUGGUGGACUACAGAGGUUGGGAUUUCCUUUGCCAGACUGGAAGAAGGGUAUGAAAACGCCAUUAAGGACUAUUACAAAAAGCAAGUUAAUCAGCUGAAUACACUUAUCACCAUGCUAAUUGGUCAGCUCUCGAAGGGGGAUCGGCAGAAGAUCAUGACCAUCUGUACCAUCGAUGUCCAUGCACGAGAUGUUGUUGCAAAGAUAAUUGCUCAGAAGGUUGAAAACUCUCAAGCUUUUGUCUGGCUCUCUCAGCUUCGGCAUCGCUGGGAUGAUGAAAAGAAACACUGUUUCGCCAACAUUUGUGAUGCCCAAUUUUUGUAUUCCUAUGAAUAUUUGGGCAACACUCCUCGACUGGUAAUUACACCACUGACAGACAGAUGUUACAUCACGUUGACUCAGUCAUUGCAUCUAACAAUGAGUGGAGCUCCUGCUGGACCUGCUGGCACAGGAAAGACUGAAACCACUAAAGAUUUAGGCCGAGCCCUAGGGAUUAUGGUCUAUGUAUUCAACUGCUCUGAGCAGAUGGAUUAUAAGUCAUGUGGCAAUAUCUACAAGGGUCUAGCACAGACAGGAGCCUGGGGUUGUUUUGAUGAGUUCAACAGGAUUUCUGUUGAGGUUUUAUCUGUUGUUGCUGUGCAGGUGAAAUCGAUUCAAGAUGCAAUCCGAGACAAAAAAUCCCGUUUCAACUUCAUGGGUGAAGAGAUUAAUCUGACCCUGUCUGUUGGGAUCUUUAUCACAAUGAAUCCUGGAUAUGCAGGACGCACAGAACUACCUGAGAAUCUGAAGGCCCUGUUCCGACCUUGUGCCAUGGUGGUCCCAGACUUCGAAUUGAUUUGUGAAAUCAUGUUGGUUGCUGAAGGUUUCAUUGAAGCUAGGCUGUUAGCUAGGAAGUUCCUCACCCUGUAUCAGCUUUGUAAAGAAUUGCUUUCCAAACAGGAUCACUAUGACUGGGGACUUCGUGCUAUCAAAUCUGUGCUUGUUGUGGCUGGUUCACUGAAAAGAGGUGACCCAGAACGCCCUGAAGACCAGGUCCUGAUGAGGGCCCUUCGGGAUUUUAACAUACCGAAGAUAGUCACUGAUGACGUGCCUAUUUUCAUGGGUCUGAUCAGUGAUCUCUUCCCUGCACUGGAUGUCCCUCGAAAGAGAAAUCUUCAGUUUGAAGGGCAUGUGAAGCAGUCUGUUGUAGACCUUAAACUGCAGCCUGAAGACAAUUUCAUUUUAAAAGUUGUUCAGUUGGAAGAGAUGCUUGAAGUGAGGCAUUCUGUGUUUGUUGUGGGAAAUGCUGGAACUGGCAAAACUCAGGUCCUGAAAUCCUUGUUCAAGACUUACCAGAACAUGAAACGACGACCAGUCUGGGCGGAUCUUAAUCCCAAGGCUGUCACCAAUGAUGAGCUCUUUGGAAUCAUCAACCCAGCAACCAGAGAAUGGAAAGAUGGGCUAUUUUCAAAUAUUAUGCGUGAACUAGCAAACAUCACCCAUGAUGGUCCUAAGUGGAUCGUGCUAGAUGGUGACAUUGAUCCUAUGUGGAUCGAAUCUCUAAACACUGUCAUGGAUGAUAAUAAGGUUUUGACUCUGGCCAGCAAUGAACGGAUCCCUCUCAACCCCACUAUGAGGCUUCUGUUUGAAAUUAGUCACUUGCGGACUGCUACACCUGCUACAGUAUCUAGGGCAGGGAUCUUAUACAUUAACCCUGCUGACCUUGGAUGGAAUCCUCCAGUUAGUAGCUGGAUUGAUAAGCGGGAGAUCCAGUCAGAGAAAGCAAAUCUAACCAUUUUGUUUGAUAAGUACCUACCUUUGUGCCUGGACACCCUUAGGACAAGGUUUAAGAAGAUCAUCCCCGUUCCAGAACAGAGCAUGGUCCAGAUGCUUUGCUAUUUGCUGGAGUGUUUGCUGACUAAAGAAAAUACACCUGCAGACUCCCCCAAGGAACUCUAUGAACUCUAUUUCAUUUUUGCCACAAUCUGGGCCUUUGGUGGUGCUUUAUUUCAAGACCAGCUUAUUGAUUACAGAGUGGAGUUCAGUAAGUGGUGGUCUUCAGAGUUCAAGACCAUCAAAUUUCCAUCACAAGGUACAGUUUUUGACUACUAUAUUGACACGGAGACAAAGAAGUUUGAGCCUUGGUCAAAACUUAUUCCCAAAUUUGGUCUUGAUCCUGAUAUCCCUCUUCAGGCUUGUCUGGUGCAUACAGUAGAAACGAUUCGCAUCCGCUAUUUCAUGGACAGGCUGCUGGAUAGACGCCGGCCUGUCAUGCUUGUUGGGAAUGCUGGGACAGGUAAAUCUGUGCUGGUGGGUGAGAAACUUGGGUCACUGGAUCCCGAUGAGCAUAUGGUGAAGAAUGUGCCAUUUAACUACUACACUACAUCUGCCAUGCUGCAAGCUGUACUGGAAAAGCCUCUUGAGAAGAAGGCUGGCAGGAACUACGGGCCACCUGGCACAAAGAAACUGGUCUACUUCAUUGAUGACAUGAACAUGCCUGAAGUUGACACUUAUGGCACUGUUCAACCACACACACUUAUCAGGCAACAUUUGGACUACGGUCACUGGUAUGACCGAACUAAGCUCACACUCAAAGAGAUUCAUAAGGUGCAGUAUGUGUCGUGCAUGAAUCCCACAGCUGGCAGUUUCACCAUAAACCCUCGCCUACAGCGCCACUUCUGUGUGUUUGCUCUAUCAUUUCCCAGCACGGAUGCACUUGCUACAAUCUACAGUACCAUUCUUAGCCAGCACCUCAAAAUUAAUAACUUUGCCGUGGUUUUGCAAAAAUCGACACACCAGCUAAUCAGUCUGGCACUUGCCUUGCACAAUAAGGUGGCUUCUACGUUCUUGCCAACAGCCAUCAAAUUUCAUUACAUCUUUAACCUGCGUGAUCUGUCCAAUAUCUUUCAGGGUAUUCUCUUCAGUACACCUGACUGUCUGAAAACACCUCAAGAUUUGGUCACGUUAUACCAGCAUGAGUCUAAUCGCGUCUACAGGGAUAAGAUGAUGGAUGAAAAAGACUUCAGUGUCUUUGAUAAAAUCCAGACAGAAUUGGUGAAGAAGUUCUUUGAUGACAUGGAGGAGAGCCUGGAGCAGGCUAAAAUUAUGAACAUGUACUGCCACUUUUCUGGUGGGAUUGGGGAACCCAAGUACAUGCCCGUACAGAACUGGGAUUCCUUGAACAAAAUCUUGAUGGAAACGCUGGAUAAUUACAAUGAAGUAAACGCUGCAAUGAGCUUAGUUCUUUUUGAGGACGCCAUGAGUCACAUCUGCCGGAUUAACCGGAUUUUGGAGUUUCCCAGAGGGAAUGCACUUCUUGUUGGUGUUGGGGGAAGUGGCAAACAGAGUCUUACGAGGCUUGCUGCCUACAUCAGUUCAUUAGAAGUCUUCCAGAUCACUUUAAGAAAAGGCUAUGGCAUUCCUGAUUUGAAGGUUGACCUUGCUAACCUGUGCUUAAAGGCUGGAGUCAAGAAUAUUGGCACCGUUUUCUUAAUGACGGAUGCUCAAGUUGCUGAUGAAAAGUUUCUGGUACUUGUGAAUGACCUGCUGGCAUCAGGUGAAAUCCCUGACCUAUUCCCUGACGAUGAAGUGGAAAAUAUCAUCAGUGGUGUACGGAAUGAAGUCAAAGGACAAGGUUUGAUGGACACUAGAGAGAACUGCUGGAAGUUCUUUAUCGAUCGUGUCAGGAAGCAACUGAAGGUAGCUUUGUGUUUCUCACCGGUUGGUAACAAACUGCGGGUUCGCAGUAGGAAGUUCCCCGCUGUCGUCAACUGCACUGCAAUAGACUGGUUUCAUGAGUGGCCCAAGGAAGCUUUGGAGUCUGUCAGCCUGCGCUUCCUACAGGAGACCGACAAUGUUGAUCCUUCAAUUCAAGAAUCUGUAAGCAAGUUUAUGGCAUAUGUGCACACCAGUGUCAAUGAAACAUCCAAGUCCUAUUUAAUUAAUGAACGACGAUAUAAUUAUACUACACCCAAGUCAUUCCUAGAACAAAUCAAGCUGUAUCAAAACCUGCUAGCUAAGAAGAGUAAAGAGCUUACGGCCAAGAUGGAGCGUCUGGAGAAUGGACUGCAGAAGCUAAACAGCACCUCAGCGCAGGUGGAUGAUCUCAAAGCUAAACUGGCUGCUCAGGAAGUUGAGUUAAAGCAGAAGAAUGAGGAUGCUGACAAGCUGAUUGAAGUCGUUGGGGUUGAAACAGAGAAAGUAAGCAAAGAAAAAGCCAUUGCAGAUGAGGAAGAACAAAAGGUUGCUGUCAUUGCUCAGGAAGUUACCCGGACACAGAAAGACUGUGAAGAGGAUUUAGCAAAAGCCGAGCCUGCUCUUUUAGCAGCUCAGGAUGCCCUUAAUACUCUGAAUAAGAAUAAUCUGACUGAGUUGAAGUCGUUUGGUUCUCCCCCCUCUGCAGUGACUAAUGUCACAGCUGCUGUUCUGGUUCUUACAGCAGUCAAAGGCAAGAUACCCAAAGACCGUAGCUGGAAGGCAGCAAAGGUGAUGAUGGCAAAGGUGGAUGCUUUUCUUGAGUCUCUGAUCACCUUCAAUAAAGAAAACAUCCAUGAGAGCUGCCUUAAAGCUAUUCAGCCAUACUUGCAUGAUCCUGAAUUCAACCCAGAAUUUAUUGCAUCCAAAUCCCUAGCCGCUGCUGGUCUUUGCUCCUGGGUUAUCAACAUUGUGAAGUUUUAUGAGGUCUAUUGUGAUGUGGAGCCUAAACGUCAAGCCUUAAAUAAAGCCAAUGCAGAAUUAGCUGCUGCCCAGGAGAAGCUGACAGUCAUAAAAGCCAAGAUAAAUCAACUAAAUGAAAAUCUAGCCAAACUAACAGCAAAAUUUGAACAGGCCACUUCAGAUAAGCUGAAAUGUCAGCAGGAGGCUGAACUGACUGCGCGGACCAUCGGCCUGGCUAAUCGACUGGUUGGUGGUCUGGCUUCAGAAAAUGUGCGUUGGGCAGAAGCUGUGUGUAACUUCAAGCAACAGGAGAGCAUGCUCUGUGGGGAUGUGCUCCUCAUCACUGCUUUCGUCUCCUACCUUGGCUAUUUUACCAAGAAGUAUAGACAAGAUUUAAUGGAAGGAAUGUGGAAACCAUAUCUUGAGCAGCUCAAAGUUCCAAUCCCAGUGACCGCUGGCUUGGAUCCAUUGACAAUGCUUACGGAUGAUGCAGACAUUGCAGCCUGGCAGAAUGAGAGCCUCCCUGCAGAUAGGAUGUCCACAGAGAAUGCUACAAUCUUGACCAAUUGUGAACGCUGGCCACUUAUGAUCGACCCCCAGUUGCAAGGUAUCAAAUGGAUUAAAAACAAGUAUGGUGAAGACCUCAGAGUUGUGAGGAUUGGCCAGAGAGGUUAUCUCGAUAUCAUGGAACAUGCCCUUGGAGCAGGUGAAGUAGUCCUAAUUGAAAACCUUGAAGAGACAGUGGAUCAUGUGCUGGGACCUUUGCUGGGCAGAGAAACUAUUAAGAAGGGCAGGUGCAUCAAAAUUGGAGACAAGGAAUGUGAAUACAAUUCCAACUUUCGUCUUAUUCUUCACACAAAGCUGGCAAACCCCCAUUAUCAACCUGAGAUGCAAGCCCAAUGUACUCUCAUUAAUUUCACCGUUACUAGAGAUGGCUUAGAGGACCAACUUCUAGCUGCCGUAGUCAGUAUGGAGAGACCAGACCUGGAAGAGCUGAAGUCCAAUCUAACAAAGCAGCAAAAUGGCUUUAAAAUCACCUUGAAGACCUUGGAGGACAACCUACUUUCCCGCCUUUCCUCUGCUUCUGGAAACUUCCUCGGAGACACAGCCUUGGUAGAAAAUUUGGAGACUACCAAAAGGACUGCUGCAGAGAUUGAAGAAAAGGUGAAGGAGGCCAAGGUAACGGAGCUUAAGAUCAAUGAGGCCCGUGAGCAUUACCGUCUUGCUGCAGGCCGUGCGUCUCUCUUGUACUUCAUAAUGAACGACCUCAAUAAAAUCCAUCCUAUGUACCAGUUCUCUUUGAAGGCUUUUAAUGUCGUAUUCCAAAUGGCUGUAAAAAGGGCACCCACUGAUGAAGUCCUCAAGCAGAGGGUUGCCCACCUGAUUGACAGCAUCACUUUUUCCGUGUUUCAAUACACAACAAGAGGCUUGUUUGAAUGUGAUAAGCUGAUCUAUACGGCUCAGGUUACCUUCCAGAUACUUCUGACUAAUAAAGAAAUUAAUCCAAAGGAGCUAGACUUCCUGCUUCGUUUUCCAGCCCAGCCUGGUGUAUCUACCCCUGUGGAUUUCCUUUCCAACCAGUCGUGGGGUGGCAUUAAGGCUCUAGCAUCUAUGGAGGAGUUUCGAAACCUUGACCGUGAUAUUGAAGGCUCUGCCAAACGAUGGAAGAAGUUUGUGGAGUGUGAAUGUCCAGAGAAAGAGAAGUUUCCACAGGAGUGGAAAAACAAAACAACUUUGCAGCAGUUGUGUAUGAUGAGGGCACUGCGUGCUGACCGAAUGACCUAUGCAGUCCGUGAUUUUGUUGAAGAAAAAUUGGGCAGCAAGUAUGUCGUGGGGAGGUCACUGGAUUUUGCAACAUCCUUCGAUGAAUCUGGACCGGCCAUACCGAUGUUUUUUAUCCUUUCUCCUGGUGUUGAUCCACUCAAGGAUGUAGAAAGACACGGCAAAAAGCUGGGUUUUACAUUUGACAACAGGAACUUCCACAAUGUCUCACUCGGACAGGGUCAGGAAGUGGUAGCCGAGCAUGCUCUUGACCUGGCAGCCAAAGAGGGCCACUGGGUUAUUUUACAGAAUAUCCAUCUAGUUGCAAAGUGGCUCAACAGCCUGGAGAAGAAAAUGGAGCAACACAGUGAGAACAGCCAUGAAAACUUCCGUGUCUUUAUUAGUGCUGAGCCCGCCCCCUCACCUGAUGGCCACAUUAUCCCUCAAGGUAUCUUGGAGAACUCAAUCAAAAUCACCAACGAGCCCCCAACAGGAAUGCAUGCUAACUUGCACAAGGCUUUGGACAACUUCAGUCAGGACACAUUGGAAAUGUGUGCACGAGAGAAUGAAUUUAAGAGCAUUCUCUUUGCUCUUUGCUACUUUCAUGCAGUUGUAGCAGAGAGGCGUAAAUUUGGACCACAGGGUUGGAACCGAUCUUAUCCAUUCAACACCGGAGAUCUCACCAUCUCAGUUAAUGUUCUGUACAACUACCUGGAGGCAAAUGCAAAGGUCCCCUAUGAUGACUUACGCUAUCUGUUUGGUGAAAUUAUGUAUGGAGGGCAUAUCACAGAUGACUGGGAUAGGCGGCUAUGCAGAACAUACUUGGAGGAGUUUAUUAAGCCAGAGAUGAUGGAAGGAGAAGUAUUAUUGGCAGCAGGAUUCCCGCUCCCUCCAAACUUGGACUACAAUGGCUACCACCAGUAUAUCGACGACAUGCUUCCACCUGAGUCCCCCUACCUAUAUGGUCUCCAUCCCAAUGCAGAGAUUGGGUUCCUCACGUUAACAUCAGAAAAGCUCUUCCGGACAGUGCUGGAAAUGCAGCCCAGGGACAGCAGUGGUGGAGAGGGCGGAAGUAUUACACGAGAAGAAAAGGUAAAGGCCACUUUGGAUGAGAUCAUGGAAAAGUUACCAGAUGAGUUUAAUGUCCCAGAACUGAUGAGUAAAGCAGAGGAGCGGACACCUUACAUCCUGGUGGCUUUUCAGGAGUGCGAGCGAAUGAACAUUCUUACUUCAGAGAUGAAACGCUCACUGAAGGAGCUGGACUUGGGACAGAAGGGUGAACUGACUAUGACUAGUGACAUGGAGAAUUUGCAGAAUGCUAUCUUCUUUGACCAACUACCAGAUUCUUGGAAUAAACGAGCCUACCCAUCAAUGGCUGGGCUAGCCAAUUGGUUUGUUGACCUCCUUUGUCGUAUUAAGGAACUGGAAACGUGGACAUCUGACUUUGCCCUCCCUUCUGCAGUAUGGCUUGCUGGCUUUUUCAAUCCACAGUCUUUCCUCACAGCCAUAAUGCAGUCUAUGGCACGGAAGAAUGAGUGGCCUUUAGACAAGAUGUGUCUUCAGUGUGAUGUUACCAAGAAAAACCGCGAGGAUUGUAGCAGCCCCCCUCGUGAAGGUGCCUAUGUACAUGGCCUGUUUAUGGAGGGAGCCCGCUGGGAUUCACAGGCUGGAAUUAUUACAGAUGCCCGUUUGAAGGAACUGACCCCAACAAUGCCAGUGAUUUUCAUCAAAGCUAUUCCUGUAGACAAGCAGGACUCUCGGAAUGUGUAUCCCUGUCCAGUUUAUAAAACACGUCUUCGAGGCCCUACGUUUGUCUGGACUUUUAAUUUGAAAACCAAGGAAAAGUCAUCCAAAUGGGUGUUGGCUGGAGUUUCACUCCUCCUGCAGAUUUAAGCCAAGAGUUUGCACAUUUGUUAUAGAAUAACUAGACAGAAAAAUACUCAUACAAUCUGAUAUAGAUCACUUAUUUUAGUACAAAGAUUAAAUUGAUUUUUUUUUUAGGUAUAAUAGUUAAUCUAUUUCUUUUAAUGUAAAAAUUCACUAAUAGAGAAUGUUGCUUUGUAAACUAGAGACAAAACGUUGCACUGAAUUUGUGAUUUCCCAGUCUGAAUCAUGCACAAAUAUAACUUGAUGCUGCAGAAGUGUAUUUUGUUACAUGUCACCAGAAAUGUCUUUUUCUCUUA